AUGCUUCCGUUUUUAAAACGUUGUAAACAAAAAGACAUACAGAUGCAGUAUUCGAAAAUAAAAUCCCUUAUGUUGUACGACAAAGAGCUAGAAAAUAUUCCAGAAUUUGGAGGAUUCGAAGACAACUUUAGAAAAUUCAAUAUUUACGGACAUCAUGAAAAUGAUAACAGACAAUCAGCGAACUUGCGCUUACAGCCAAAACCACUCAGUAGGGAUGAGUUGAGAAAAACAAGAAUCAAAGAACUAUUCUCGACUACCGUAGAACGUCAGAACUGGCCAGGGUUAUCAUCUAACGCGAAAUGCAAAGUGCUCGUUCGUGUGUACGUCCUCAGAGCGUACAACUUGCAUCCAACUGAUACCGGUGGAUCAUCGGAUCCUUACAUAGAGAUCUCAUUCGGCCAUACACGUCGCAUUUCAGACCGCAAGAAUUACGUUCCUAACACGCUGAAUCCAAUUUUUGGGCGAUAUUUUGAAAAACUUAUAUCGUUCCCAAAGUGCUCCACUGUAACAGUGAGGAUUAUGGACCACGACAUGAUUGGAAAAGACGAUUUAAUUGGGGAAACCACAAUCGAUAUCGAGUCAAGAUUUUAUAGUAAACACAGAGCACAAUGCGGAUUGUCAAGUCAUUACAAUAGGACCGGUUACAAUCGGUGGCGAGACUUUGAAACGCCUUCGAAAAUUCUACAUCGCUUGUGCGAGUGCAAUGCACUGAAGCCUCCGGUGUACACGGCGAACGGGGUUUUAAUCGGUCCUAAAAAGUUUUUCGUUACCGACAAGAACGCAUCUAAGGACAGGCAAUCGUUGGCUUUGCACGCGCUUAAGAACUGGCAUGAACUACCCGUGUACGGCCAUCACUUGGUACCGGAACACGUAGAAACGAGAACUCUGAUCAACCCCGAUAUGCCUAACAUGCAUCAAGGAAAGGUGGAAAUGUGGAUUGACAUGUUUCCCAAAAGCGGUUCGAUACCAGAACCUGUCAACGUGAAACCUCCCGUUGCCGAAACUCUCGAGCUCCGUGUGAUCGUUUGGUCAGUCGCCGACGUGCAGUUGGUCGACGACAAUUUCUUCACCGGCGAAAAAUCCAGCGAUAUUUACAUUAAAGGAUGGAUGCCGGGCGUAGAAGAGCAGUCGACCGACAUCCACUAUAGGUCGAUAAACGGCGAAGGAUUCUUCAACUGGCGGUUCAAAUUUCCAUUCGUCUACUUUAAAAGCGAAAAUAGAAUCGUGCAAAAAUCAAAAGGAUUUUUCUCUCUAGAACUUGAGGAGAGGUCGUACUUGCCAAGCCUGCACCUUCAGAUCUGGGACAACGAUCACUUGUCGACAGACUCUUAUAUAGGUUAUCUAACCUUGGACUUGUGGAAUAUGCCUAGGGGCACGAAGACGCCAGUGAGGUGUACCGUGAUAGAUGACCAAGUGCCCCGAAUUAAUUUAUUUAAAAUGAAAAAAACUAGAGGGUGGUGGCCUUUUGUAAAUUUGGAAAAGAACAGCCAUACUCUUGUGGGAAAGAUUGACGCUGAACUUCAAAUAUUGACCAAGCAAGAAGCCGACAGAUCACCGGCAGGUUUCGGUAGAGACGCACCGCAACCUUUGCCCGAGCCGAAGAGACCGACUUAUAACUAUUUCAAUUUGUUUUUUGAUCCGUGCACGUUCUUAUUAAAACGUGUGUUCAAUAACAACAAAACAAAGUUCUGCAGUACUCUAAUGUGUAUUGGAAUUGUAUUGUUCAUGAUCUUGUUUGUGUAUGCCUUUCCCGGAUGGGUAGCAAAAAAGAUAUUAGACGCCUAA